AUGAGAGAAGUUAUUGCUGUACACAUCGGUCAAGCCGGUGUCCAAGUUGGUAACGCUGUUUGGGAACUGUUCUGUAUCGAACAUGGUAUUAGUCCAGAUGGAACAGUAGAGAAUUCGGAUGGACGUGAUGGAGGUGACGAAGACAAGGCCUUUCACGCCUUCUUUGCCGAAACCGCUUCUGGCAAACAUGUACCCAGAUGUUUGUUUGUUGACCUUGAGCCUUCUGUCGUCGACGAAGUACGCAGAGGUGCCUACAGCGGAUUGUUCCACCCUGAGCAGUUGAUGUCUGGUAAGGAAGAUGCGGCGAAUAACUUCGCACGUGGACGUUACACGACCGGUGGUGAAAUCAUCAACCCUGCUAUGGACCGUAUUCGCAAACUUAGUGACGCAUGUGACAGCAUCCAAGGAUUUUUGUUCUUCUCUGCUGUUGGUGGUGGUACAGGUUCCGGUACUGGUAGUUUGAUUCUUGAAAACAUCGGUGCUGAGUAUGAGCGCAAGACCAAAUUGAACUUCUGCAUAUGGCCAUCACCCCAAGUAUCAACCGCUGUUGUCGAGCCUUACAACUCUGUGCUCUCCACCCACUCACUCUUGGAGAACACUGAUGUUGCUGUUGUACUUGACAAUGAGGCUAUUUACUCCAUAUGUAAGAAGAACCUUGACAUUGGCAGACCAAUAUACAAGAACCUUAACCGCAUCAUUGCCCAAGUUAUUUCAUCUCUUACCACUUCGCUACGUUUUGAUGGUGCCCUGAAUGUCGACAUGAACGAAUUCCAGACCAACUUGGUACCAUACCCACGUAUCCACUUCAUGCUUUCAUCCUAUGCACCUAUCAUCAGUGCCCGUAAGGCUAAGCAUGAGUUCAUGUCUGUGGGUGAGAUUACUAACUCUGCUUUCGACCCUAGCUCUAUGAUGGCUGAAUGUGACCCACGUCUCGGUCACUACAUGGCCUGCUGCCUUAUGUACCGUGGUGAUGUUGUUCCUAAGGAUGUUAACUCAGCUAUUGCGCAUGUAAAGAGCAAGAAAUCAGUUCGCUUCGUUGACUGGUCACCUACCGGCUUCAAGUUCGGAAUAAACUACCAGCCUCCAUGUGUUGUUCCUGGCGAUGACCUCGCUAAGAUAGCUCGUGCUGUAUGUAUGAUUUCGAACUCAACAUCUAUUUCUGACGUUUUUAGCCGUAUGGAUGCCAAAUUCGAUGUGAUGUACGCUAAGAAGGCUUUUGUGCACUGGUACAUGGGUGAAGGUAUGGAAGAGAGCGAGUUUGAGGAAGCCCGUGAGGACGUUGCAGCGCUCGAGAAGGACUACGAAGAAGCCGUAAACAACUAA